AUGCAAUACAAAACGUUCGCCAUUAUUGGAGCAACAGGCCAGCAGGGAGGGGCCAUCGUACGGCACCUUGCCAAAUCCUAUCCCGACGCUAGAAUCCGCGCCCUUACGAGGUCCCCAGAUAAGCCCAAUGCACGGGCACUCCUGUCACUAGGUCCCAAUGUAUCCCUUGUUCAAGCAAGCUUUUCGGACAGGCAGAGUCUGGUAGAAGCAUUCGCAGACGCAGAGGUAGUCUUUUUGGUUACGGACUAUUGGAAUACUCAAAACAGUGCCAUCUCGCCCAACCUUAAUACCGAAAUCACGGAUGGAAUGACAGCCAUCGAGGUUGCUGCUCGUUCGAAAAGUUUAAGACACUUCGUCUUUGGAACUUUGCUGGACUUCGCGCCUCUCUCAGACAUGAAAUGGAGAAACAUGUAUCACUUCAACACUAAAGCAGUGUUGAAUCAUUACAUCCGAGCCAAGCCAGAUCUGUGGGCAAAGACAACCCUCGUAUUCUCACCCAUAUACUAUGAGAACUAUCUCACUUUCGACCAAAAGUUUUAUCCAAUGCUUGGCGGCCCAAGAAAGGUCGGCGAUGAGUAUGUCGCGUGGUACCCUGACGGUGGUACCUCGAAUCUAUCAUAUCUGAGCAUCGAAGAUUUGGGUAAAGUAUUUGGGGCUAUCAUUGAGCAGCCCCAAAACUACUUUCAGAAGAUGGCUGUUGCGAUUGGCGAGUUUUUCUCCGCUCAAGAUCUAAUUAAACAAUGGGCAGAUGUUGUUGGUGUCAAGGCCAAGAUUGAAACUCUAUCGUCAGAAGAAUUCACUGAUAGAGUUGGAAGGCUUGGAGGGCUUGAAUUCAUGGCUCUGGAGAUUUACGAACAGAUGAGAUGUCUGGAAGAACUGGGCGAUCUGAGAACGAUCCAAACAGAGAUUCAAACAAUCGAUAUGAGCCAGGUGGUAGAGCUUACGAGCUGGAGACAGUGGGUCGCAGCACAAGACUGGACCGAGUUCUUCCAUUUUGUCAGCUAA